UAUAUUGCCGUCACCCAUGUCCGUCGGUCCGUCCGUCGGUCCGUCCAUCCACAAUUGCUCGUAAACACUCUACAAGACACAAUUCUUGACGGAUUUUGACAAAACUUGGUAUGAGUGUUCGUAAUCGCUCAAGGAUGAACCCUAUUGAAAAUCAGAAGAAUCGAAAAAUAAUUAGCAGCUUGACAAUACAAUUUUAAAUACAUUUAACAUGGCGGAUCAAAAUAAACAAGGACCUCCGCCUCCAUACAGCGCACCACAAGGACAUAGUUACGCACCUCCGCCACAUCAAGGGUUUACUCAUCCUCAACAACACGGUUAUGGUUCACCACCACAACAAGGGUUCAAUCAACCACCACCACCACAGGGCUAUGCUCAACCUCAACAAGGCUAUGCUCAUCCACCCCAAGGCUAUGCUCAUCCACCUCAAGGUUAUGGAUCACCACAAUAUGGACCUGGUCCUGGAUACUAUGGACAUCAACAGACAUCUAAUAAUGUGGUGAUAGUGGGUCAGCCUCAACCAACACAAACAGUAAUUGUUAAUCAAAGACAAGGUACCAAUCAUCUUCUACAUUGUAUUAUAUCACUGUUUUGUCCAUUCUGGAUCUUUGUUUGGAUGAUCUUGAUGUCCACAGCACCACCACCCGCUUACACCUUACCCGGUCAACCUGCUGCACCCAUAUACCCCCAACAACCUGCCUUCCCACAACAACUAGCUGCACCACUACAACAUACAACAUUCACAUCACAUCAGACAUUUAUCCCACAACCAACCUAUGUUCCUCAACCAGUCUCAACACAUACGAAUACUGUUGUUGUAGCUCCACAACCAGCUCAGAAUACAGUUAUUAUCAACAAGCGAAGAGAAGGUGCUGAUCAUGCUUUACAUGCUAUUAUAUCAAUUUUCUUCCCUCCCUGGGUUUUUGUCUGGUUAUAUUUCUGUUUAACUCAAGGAUUGUAGACAUGAAAAAAAAUAUCAACAAAGAAUCGUCCUUCUGCGAACAAGACAUUCAGAAUUGUAUUUCCACGAACAGACAAGUAACAAAUGUCCUCAGAAUUCAAUAUUAUCAGACAUAUAGUAUCAUAAAUAAUAAUAGUGUAGAGAGUGUAUAACAGAUUCCCACGACAGUUGUUUAAGAAAGCGUAACGGGGGCAAAUGUACUAACGUCAUAUUUCACAAAGAUGUCCAAAAAACUAUCGGAAAAUCAAUGCCAGAUCAUCUGUUAAACUGGUGCCUGUACCAUUACACCAAUACCGGGGCAGAUAAGUUCUGUAUUUAGAGACCUCAUGAUAUAACGUCAGAUCGCCCAUUUACAAAAAAAUAUUACAUAAUGUCUAAGCUUUUUAUUAAAGUAAAAUUUAUUACGAUUUUAAAAUGAUUGUUUUGAAUGAUUGUUCGCUGUUCAAUAUUCUUCUGUACAAUGUCAACUAUUGUUAUUUAUUGCUUAUGUUAGUUGUUUAUUAAAUAUUACUAUCAUCAAU